UUCUGCCCUUACAGCAGCCUACCAGCACUGACCCAGUAAUCAUAGGCAUGAGGCUGGAACAAAGCACCAAGCCGCGUACUCGCAUCUUAGAAAAGGGCACUAUUGAAGUGGUGGAAGGAAGCACAAUUCACCUCCGAGUCUACGGGCAGGGCAUUGACUCGCAUAUUGGGAAGACGAUGCACUUUGCAGAGGUCCCUGCCAGUGCCAGCGGCCUUGACACCAGCUGCUCCAAAGACAUUCAAGACCUGCGCAUCCUACCUUCCAUCAGUGACUUAAGGAACACUUCUGCCGUUCUACUCAUAGAAGUUCAAGCGCUGCGGAAGAACACCCGCGGCAAGAAGUAUAUGAUGUGCAUAAAGGACAAGGUUGGGCAGCUGUGGCAGCAGCUGCUGUCUGAUGAUAUGCUUCUCAAAGUGGUGGAGGACAAGGACCUUCUCCUGCCGUUGUGGCUACAUAUCUCCAUGAUCAUCAUCUUUGUGGGGCUUUCAGGGGUGUUCAGUGGCCUCAAUCUGGGCUUGAUGGCCCUAGAUCCCAUGGAGCUGCGCAUUGUGCAGAACUGCGGCACAGAAACGGAGAGGAUCUAUGCCACCCAGAUCCAGCCCAUCCGCCAGAAGGGCAACUAUUUGCUGUGCUCAUUGCUUCUGGGCAAUGUUUUAGUGAAUACCAGCCUCACCAUCUUGUUUGAUUCUCUGGUGAACACCAAUUCUGUCUCCAUCAUCGUCUCCACCCUGGGCAUUGUCAUCUUUGGAGAGAUUAUCCCCCAGGCUGUCUGCUCCCGUCACGGUUUGGCUGUGGGUGCCAACACCCUCUUUAUCACCAGGCUUGUCAUGCUGGUGACAUUCCCGCUCUCUUAUCCCAUCAGCACGAUUCUGGACUGUUUGCUCGGUAAGGAAAUGGGCACUGUUUACAACCGAGAGAAGCUUAUGGAGAUGCUGAAGGUGACAGAGCCCUACAGCGAUCUACUGAAGGAGGAGCUGAAUAUGAUCCAGGGUGCCCUGGAGCUGAGGUCCAAGACAGUGGAGGAUGUCAUGACUCCAUUAUGCGACUGCUUCUUGUUAAGCAAUGAUGCAGUCCUGGACUUUGAUACAAUGAGCGAUAUCAUGGAAAGUGGCUACACACGCAUCCCUGUCUAUAACAAGGAGAGAACUAAUAUUGUCGAUAUGCUGUACAUCAAGGACCUUGCCUUUGUGGAUCCUGAUGACUGCACUCCACUCAGGACCAUCACAAAGUUUUACAACCACCCAAUCCAUUUCGUUUUGCAUGACACCAAACUGGAUGCCGUGCUGGAAGAAUUCAAAACCGGUAAAAGUCAUCUGGCUGUUGUUCGAAAGAUGAAGACUGAGAGUGGGCGUGACCCAGGUUCUGAAGUGGUUGGUGUGGUGACCCUGGAGGAUGUUAUUGAAGAGAUAAUCAAUUCAGAGAUCCUGGAUGAAUCAGAUAUCUACACUGACAACCGCACCAAGAGACAAGUCAGCAACUGGAGGAGAAAGGACUUCUCUGCCUUCAAGGGUAAUGACAGUGAAACCAGAGUCAGGAUCUCUCCGCAGCUACUCUUGGCUGCACAUCGCUUUCUUUCCACAGAGAAGUAUCUGCUGCGUCUCCUGAAAUACCGUGAUGUCAUCUGUGAACUCAAGUUUGAUGAGGAGAACAAGAAGGCCCCCCAGCACUAUUUGUACCAGCGGGACAAGGCUGCCGAUUACUUCAUUCUCAUCUUGCAGGGGAGAGUGGAGGUAGAAGCUUGUCAGGAAAACAUGAAGUUUGAGAACGGACCCUUCUCCUACUUUGGAGUAAUGGCCCUGAGUCGAUAUGACUCAACAGGUCAGCUGAAGCCCUCAUUCCUCUCCCAAUUGAUUGUUAGCCCUUGCCCCCUAACAGGAGCAGAACAUAUACGCAGUGCGUCUUGCCUGGGCAAUCUCAGCCGCUUGCCCUCAUCGAGUCACCAUGUACACUACGCUAGCUCCAGCAGUGCCCACCAGAUUCUGCCAGCCUCCUGUCUCCAGUAUAUGGCAGACUUCACGGUCCGUGCCCUCUCUGAUCUGACAUAUAUCAAGGCAGAAAAAUGA